AUGGCCAUCCAAUUGAAGACUCUAACCGUCAGAUUGCAAGGACCCGCCUUGACUGAAUGUUGUAUAAAGAAGGUCACAACGAAGGCACCCUGGAAGAGUGCUUUAAUCCAUAAAUGUACUAUCGUAGAGACCAAUUAAGGGUGGAGAGGUGAGGUAGUUAGUUUUUAAAUCCCUUAUAGGAACAAUCAGAAUUAAAAACCAAACUAAAUCCCGAGUUCGAUUCCUUUAAUGUGAUUACUUUGUUCUUUAUAUAAUUUAAAGAUAAUCUUACUUUAUUACUCAGUAAAUUGAUGCUAUUUAAGUAAUUUUGA